UCGUCUUUGUCGUCUUUGUCGUCUUUGUCGUCAUUGUCGUCUUUGUCGUCUUUGUCGUCGUCGUCGUCGUCGUCGUCGUCGUCGUCUUUAUCUUUGUCGUCGUCGUCGUCUUUGUCGUCUUUUGCGUCGUCGCCGUCGUCGUCGUCGUAGUCGUCUGUCCUGCGCGCUGGAGGUGCACCGCCGGGCGGCUGGGCGGGCACCCCGCUUCUCGGGGGGCGUGGUCGGUGGCUGGCGAGCGCCGGCCCGCGAGGCGUCGGGAUGGCCAGCCUCGGCCUGGGGCCGCGCGCGGCGUCGCAGACGCGGCUGCCGCGCGGCAGAGGCGUGUCGUCCAACUCCACCAUGGGCGAGCGCACGUCCAGCCUGCCGGCCCUCGGCGCGAGAGCAGGUCCCAGCAGGGGGUAUCCCUCCACAAGCGAGGCGAAGACUGCGAAGAGGACCCCCAGCGAGCUCCUCUCGCAGAGGCGAGACCUGGCCCUGGCCUCGGCCGACCAGCCGAAGAUCACCGGCUUCAUGGACAUCGGCAAGUACUCCAACCACACGGAGUCCGCGGUGCCCUACGACCGGCCGCUGUUCAGCGUGAUGCCGCCCGUCAUCGCCUUCCAGGACUUCGAGGGGCUCCAGACAUACGAGGCGACCGUGACCCUGCGGAACCAGGACAGGGUGGCGCGCAGGGUGAAGGUCUUCGAGCCGGACAGCUCGUUCUUCGAGCUGCGGCCGGGCAGGGGUGCCGCGCAGGGGCGGCGCUCGUCCUCGGGCGGCUCGGGCGACAAGGUGGCGCCCGGCAUGGAGGUAUCGUACGUGGUCCGGUUCAAGCCCGACGCCAAGAUCGAUUAUUCUUACGAUCUUGUGGUGGUCACGGAGCGGGAGAAGUUCGCGGUGCCCAUCCGCGCGUCCGGAGGCUCUGCUUUGCUUUCGUUCCCCGAUGAGAUCGACUUCGGGGACGACUGUGUAGUUGGCCACCGCAGCGAGCGGACCGUGCUGGUCCGGAAUGUUGGCGACCGGAGCACGAAGUUCUCGCUGAGAACCCACCCGCCGUUCAGCGUCACCGUCCCCGACGGCUACCUCGCAGAGGGCGCGGCCUGCCAAGUCUCCGUCUGCUUCACCCCCGAACUGGCCGAACCCAGUGCGGCGGAUAUGCAUCUGCGCUACGACGAGCUCGAGGCGACCGUGCGGCUGCGGGGCGGUGCCUCGAACGCGGAGGUGUCGCUGUCGACGGACAGUCUGGUCAUCGAGCACACGUACGUCGGGCUGGAGGCGCAGGACACGGUGUCCAUCCGCAACGACUCGGACGUGCCCGUGGACUUCAGGUGGCACCUGCUGCCCUCCAAGCUGGAGGAGCACGAGCACCGGCGGGCGCUGCAGCGCCACCUGCGGGGCGAGGAGUCCGACGAGAUGCUCUACCUCUCCCAGCAGCAGGGCGAGGACUCCUCCGACGAGGGCCAGUCCGACGAGGACGGCGAGCGGGUGCAGGUGCGCAAGAAGAACAAGGUCACCAGUGCGCUGUCCCGGAAGUACGGCAGCAUCAACAAGGCAGUGAAGGAGGACCCCAUGCUCUUCCGGGACGCCAUCUUCGCCAUCGAGCCGCUCACCGGGCAGAUCUGGCCGCACUCGCAGGUGACCUGCGCGUGCACGUUCCUGCCGAAGGACGCCCUGAUGUACACCUGCACCGCCUACCUCUCGUGCGUGGGCCAGGAGUCCCGGGCUCGGCUGACGCUGAAGGGCCUCGGCAUCGGGCCAAAGGCAACCUUCUCGUACGACGAGCUCGACGUGGGCAGCGUCUUCGUGGACUCCACCCACCGCUACGAGG